GCCAGUGUAGGGAGGCUCAUGACAUCGCCUGAACACACACACACACACACACACACACACACACACACACUCUCUUUCUUUUGUCUCCAUAACAUAACAUUCUGUCGUUCAGAAUGUCAACACACUGGACACACCCAAACACGUAUGCACAUUGAGUGGAUGUUAACAGUUGUCCCUGUGGGUGAUUGUGUCAUAACAGCAAACGCCUUGAGAAGGAGGAUACAUUGACACACAAUCACAUAUUUCUACAGAUUCUGAAGUGGGGGUCAAUGUUCUCUCAAGAAUUCUGGAGAACAGAAUGUUGAAUGUCUGCAUUCCAGCAACGUUCAGCAAACAUUCUGAUGUGUUUGGAUAAAAUGGUUCCAUUGUUGUACAUCUGACCUGGGUCACUAAAGUUACAAUAAUUGAUGUUGUAGUCAUACAAGUCAUACAGUGUUGCUGGUGCUGUGUAAUCUAGCAAAGGUGAAACACAUUGACGGUGCUUCCAGGGUUGAGAAUUGAGGUCCGGUUUGGAUUAGUUGAUAACAGCGUGGUCCUAGCAAUGUAAGGGAGGUGGGUUUGAUUCCCGCUGGAGUCACAUAUCCUAAACUCAAAAUGUAUACACUCACUGUACUGUAAAUCAAUUUGGAUUAAAGAGGUUGCUAAAAUUGUUAUGUUAAUAACAGACUUCCGUUAAAAGGUAAUCAUGAAAAAAUGACGUAUUUUGGUGUUAGAAUGUGAGCUGUAUUUAUCUGUGCAAACAGACAUCACUGUACAUAUACAGUAUAGUUGUUGGAUUAGGUGCUGCCUCUGCAGUGGCUGGACGCCAGCUUUAACUACACAGCCGCUGUGAUUCCAAACACACGUAGGUCACGUCCCAAUCUGAUUCAUUCCUUUCCUUGUCCUCUUUCCUUGUCUCCGUCAUCAUUCCUUUGUAACCACCACAGAUCUGAAAGACCUUGCCAUAUGAAAGCAAUAUGAUGGAGAUGAAAUAGAAUGUAAUGAGUCUCUGUGGGGAAAACAUCUGGGUCUCACACUGAGAAUAACAAGGGAAAGGAAACAACAAUAGGAAGCUGUAAAAGAGUCAUUGGGAUUCUGCCUAAAUCAUCGUCUUGACAUGAAGCACUGUGGGCACAAGAGAUCAGAAUCUCACCAGCUGAGAACAUGAUUGGCAGACGAAGCUUAGAGACAACUGACACUCCCUGCCAAUGUAGUUACCCUGGUAACCUUUGACAAUUCCCCCUCUGGCUACAUACAAAUACAAUAAUACUCUGAGCAAAAUUAUGUCUAGUAUGACUAUAACUCACUAUCACACAGGUAGUAGUUGUGGAAUUGUUAGGUUAGAUUACUUGUUGGUUAUUACUGCAUUGUCGGAACUAGAAGCACAAGCAUUUCGCUACACUCGCAUUAACAUCUGCUAACCAUGUGUAUGUCACAAAUAUAAUUUGAUUUGAUUUGAAUAUGUUAUAAUGUAAUGAAGAAAAUGAAGUUAAAGAUUUAUCCAAAUUGAAAGAGAAAGUAACUUUAAAGUUGUCUUUCAGUCGAGACCUCAACGUCACCAUGGGGUGGAUCAUCAUUAUCACAGCUAUUUAAUGAAACACAUGACUGGGAUGACUGAGAGAACUGAUCCACCGUAAGAAGAAUUUGAUUGAAGAGCUCCUUGCAUCACCAGUCACAGUACUAGUAAAAAGUACAGAUUUGAGGUCAACAACUUCUGCAACAUGGGUGGUGGAAAUCUCUUAAUUGAUGAUGUGACGAGCACUGAGAAGAAGACAAACAGAAUCUUUGUCUUGAUGUUGAUUCUCUGUCUUCACUUUGGACUGGUGAAACAGAACAAGAUUUUCCCACUGGACAUGGCACCUGAUUCCGUUGAUGACAUAUACGAUGGCUGCAGAGACGAAGCCUUUCAGAGGGUGGAUGACUACUACCUCCCACAUGAGAAAAACACCACCACUAACUUCAGAAGAGCCUGGGACAUAGCAGAGAAACAUGCAUCCAUUCCAACAGAUGGUCUGCAGAAAGUGCAUUCCGUCUCUAUGUAUUUGUACACAAAUAACAAACCCCAACCUCCUUCUGAAUCCAUCUACAUAGACUUCAACAAAGCAGUUAGACAAGGCAGGUAUGGGUAUGGAACAUCAUUCCAGUACCAUUCCCUGCACUUCUAUCUGACUGACGCCAUGCAGAUUCUCAAACAAAGUCAAACAACAUGUUGGACCACCUACCGUAGAACCAAUGUAACUUUUGAUCAGGAAGUUGUCAACAAAGAAAUGCGCUUUGGUUAUUUUGUCUCAAGUUCUUUACAUAAGACUUUAUACGAUUUUGGAGACACAUCUUGCUUUGAGAUCAACACAUGUUUUGGUGUUAACUUGACAUAUUACUCUGCCUAUGCAAACGAGGGGGAAGUUUUGAUUCCUCCCUAUGAGGUAUUCAAAGUGACCAACAUCCAGACAAAGUCAGCAGUCAGUAACCUGUGGUGUAAAGUCGUGUACACUCUAAAGAGCACUGGGAAAUGGAAGAGUGACCUGAAUUGUAAAGCAAUAGAUACAGGCUACUGCUACAUGAAGCUACUAACUAUGUUCAUUGUCACAAUAGUGUUCAUAUAUUUACAACACUAAAAUAGUGAUUUUGUCAGACAGUAUAGGCAGCAGCUCUAUAGAGAUGAGAUGACGACAUGGAAUGACAUAAUGAAGUCAUAAAAUAAAACCAAUGUAACAGAAAUAUUUAAUUAAAGUCAUGUGAAUAAAUGUUGGUUAAAACGUAUUAAGUGAUAACAAGUAAUGGUCAGUCACUACCAUCAUGGGACUUUUACUAAGAGUUUUAUCAUGUGUUACAUCAUUUAACCUACAUAACGCAUAGUGUAUUGUUUAAAAAAUAAUACAACUAUUUUUUAUUGUCAAACUGAAACCAAACCAACCUCAAAAAGCACUAAUCGCUCAGCACUACCUCCUAUCGUGGAACCAAAGUGUAUUUUGAUCAGUACAAAAUAUCAGUUUCGGUACCUUCACUUUGAGCACUAUAGGCAAGAAAAUAGGCAGAGAUUCAUUUGGAGCGACGUCCUGCUUUGAGAUCUCCACAUGUUUUGGAGCUGACAUAUCACAUUACUCUGUAUUUACAGGAGAGAGAGAAGUCAUAAUUCCUCUCUAUGAGGUAUUCACAGUGACCAACAUCCAGAAGAAGUCACCAGAGAAUAAACUGUGGUGUGAAGUUGUCUACACACUAGUGGCCACUGUAGUUUGGAAGAAUUGAACAGCUCAUACAGGCAACAUAAUGCUCUUUAAUUAUGUUCUGUAUAGUACUGAUCAUCCCAUCACCAAUGUACAACGGGAAGUCAUCUGAAACAAAGAUAUCUUUCUCAGCUCUCAGGUGUAAUGAUCCUGUUAAAUGGUUAAUCCCGCAUUACUUCCUCAGAUUAAUAAUUUAAAAAAAUUGUGAAAUUAAAAAUGUAAUGUGAUUUGUAAUUUGAUUAUAUUUUCAGCAUGUGCCCUCCAGCUUUUGAUAAAUAAAUAAAAACAUUGAGCAUGAUUAAAUCCCAUGUCCUAUGUAUCCACUAC